AUGUUUCGUAAUUUGUGGUCACCCCCAGAGAAAACUGGAAUGUCGAUCCCGACUUAUAAUCCUGUUUUGGAAUUGUUCAUGGAUUUAGCUGACAGGGAUCCAAAUGAAUUAAAUUCACAUGUGAAGGUAGAAUUUGAUGAAGUGAUAGCAGAACCCAGUGGUGCACACAGCUAUGACUGUUGCUGGGAAAACUGCACCUACACCUGUUUUAACUGCAGUAAGAGCUGUAUGUACAAACUCCUUACCACUCUGCUGUCCUGCCUGAUCGCCCCCUUCUUUGGCUGGGCGUUCGCCGUCCUCACCUUCUUUAUGAUAUGGAUCGCCACUCCAAUGUUUCGCGGGUGUAGUAUUGUGAUGGGGUGCUGUCAGAUGUUCGUGGGGACUUCUACCAUGUGUCUGUGUGCCCCGAUUUUUGACGCAGUCGGUCUGGUUCUUUCCAGGAUCCAAGUGGGGAUAGAAACGUUAAAAAUGUAA